CAAAAUGUCACACGUUUUAUUAAAUUCACCGGACGUUGUCCAUCUGCUCUUAGGCUACAAAAACAAACUUACGAUCGUCGAGUAAAUGAUAAAAGUCGUGAGCAAAACUUAAUGUAAAGACAGAAGCAAGCUACUCUGAAGAUGAUCAAGUUAUGACAUCCAGUUCAAGUGAUCUGCCUAUUGAAUCAGUUUAUAGUAAACUCUUGAAGUGCCAACCAAAGAGAAGUAGAGUUUUAUUGGAAUGUGUUCAUAAAACAAUAAGAGCUUAUAUCCGUAUCUCUGAAAGCGGAGAUGGAAGAGAUAAAAGCUAUUUAUUGGCCAUCGACCCAAUUUGAGAGCUGUUACUUCACCACAUAUGGGAGGUCUGUAAACGUAACACAGUCCAGUCAACUUUCUAGAUCUCGGUAAAGCAAGAACUAGGUUUUAAUAUAGGAAGUGAAGAUAUGUAUACUAGGAAUCCAUUGAUUUAUUGUCAGUGUGGUCAAGAACCUCUGUCUCGAUGUACCACUGUCCCGAGUGUUUGGGACUGCUCAAGCUCGAUACACGGACGAUAUCAGUCAGGUUGGACGCACAUCGCUACUUCAAGUCAAAGAGCUCAUUUUCUUCAGACGUGCUCUCGUGAUGAACCUCCUAAACCCAAUAUUAGUAAGACGCUCAAGUUUGGCAUUGAAAACAUACUCAGUCGAGGUCCCAAUUCAGAUGAUGAUAACGCACCACAUCAAAGGAACGACCAAUUUCAUGCUUUGUCCGACAAUGAUUGCAAACCACAAAGAAGGCGACCAUGGUCCCGCCCUGUCUUCACACAGCUCCAACGACGAGGCCUUGAAAAGCGAUUCCAAGUCCAAAAAUACAUCACAAAACACGACAGAUAUCAGCUGGCAGCCAUGUUAGGGCUGUCGGAAACACAAGUGAAGGUGUGGUUCCAAAAUAGACGAACAAAAUGGCGUCAGGAUAUGAAGGAUCUUGAACGGAAAGAAGACGAAAAUGAAGAAGAAAACGAAGACGGUGAGGAAAUUCAAGAAAAGAAAGACGAAGUUAAAAAAGCAUAGUUCGAUACAAAAAUAAGUAUUACAGAUUGAUAUUUAUAAAUGAAUUUAUUUCUUCCAAACUACCGUUGCAAAAUGUUCUAAGUUCUAAAUUUUGACUAACUCUGCCAAACAGAAACUUUAUUUGCUCUCUUUACUGUAGUGCCGCUUGCACGACUCAAUCCUGCCACACUAAGUUCAGUGCGUUCGCGCCGGCUUGUUUUGAAAACUGCGGCAUCUAUUCUUGGCAUGUAUACUCCAAGAUUUACUGCCAACUUGGGACUCAAAAUAAAUGCUGGAUUUAUUUUAACUCCUUCUUCGAUGGAAUUCUAUUCGUCGAUAAGAAACUGACUUCGCUACGACAGACUGAUUCAUGGAGCACAGUUCCUGUGAUAAAACUGAGAAAUAUUGAUAGCUAAACCUAUAUAGAUAAAAACCGUUAAUAUACUGUUAAUCUUGUAGUAUAUAUUAUGUAUUCAAUAUUAUUGUUUAACUACGUCACAGCAAGCCAUACUAGAUGACAGGAAUAGUUAAGCAAUCCAACAUGGCCGUCAAAAACCUCGGUGUCGAUUUAAACCAAAUCUCACGGAAAUCCCCUGCUAUUUGAUCGAUAAGAUAUGUCUUUCUCAAGAUAAUCCAUUGGAAAGGAAAUUUCUUUUAUAUAAUUUGUGAAGUCUUCUAGUUGCAAUAUGUUUUUGAGUGCAUGACAAAAUGUGGAUGGUCUCAUAUUAGGACGGUUUACGUAUGAGUGGGAAACGAUAUUGCAAAUUUGUAGUCGUACGGUUGCUUGUAGCCAUAACUACGCGUUGUGAUUGGACGAAGUACUGGAAAGACAAUGAGAAGCCAUUUCAAUGUUACGGUAUGUCCGGCGUACCGUGUACGUGUUGUAAGUCAGUAUACCAUUUGUUUCCCGCUCUUAAAACUGUUCUAUUGGUCGAAGGAUUGUGCAGUGCAGAAAUAAAAAUACAUAAAACAAUAGACCAUUUUCCAGUUUCAAUUUACCGCUGUGUUCCUUGAUUACAGAUUCUUAUACCUCAGGGUUAGCCUCGUAUAAGUGUCUAAAUAUUUACAAAUACCAACGGUAAAGUAAAGAAUGCACAACUUCAACAAUACAGACAGUUUGGAAAUCCAUGGACUUUGAAUAGAACAUGUGAAUAUUCUGAAAACAAAAACAAACAAAAAAAUAGAGAGAAGAAGAAGAAGAAAAACGAGGCUAACCUUGAACUAAAAACUCGAAACUGGAGUAAUCUCAAUGACAAUGACACUGUUUUAUUUAGUACCAUAAAAAUAACAAUAUGACGACAUUUAUACAAGAUAAUAUAUAGAGCCACGUCUUUUAGGUACAAGAUACCCUGGCUGAUGGUCUAUUCACUCGUCAAUCAGUGAGGAAAAUACAACUUGUAAUAUAUUUUUAUAUGUUUUUUUAUAACCAAAGUUAGUACUAAGAAAAACGCUGUAAAUAAAGAAAGAGUACUUCA